GAGGGGUGGAUGUGUGAGAAAGGAAGUGUGACUAGAACCAGCCAGAGAGAGAGAGAGAGCGAGAGAGAUUGAGAGAGAGAGCUGGGACACGUCAGAGUGGACGACCGGGCAGAUUCUGGGACCCAGAUGGUCCAAGGGGUCAAGUAACAUGGAGGAGCAACAUCAGGUCCAGAACAGCUUCUUCAAGAAGGUGGACGUCCCAGACCAUGCCCACUACACCGUGGCCUUCUUCGUGUGCAUCAUUGGAACUUUCGGAGUGACUGGCAACGCUUUGGUCAUGUUCGCCUUCUGGAGUAAUAAGAAGCUGCGCAAUCUGCCCAACUAUUUCAUCAUGAACCAGGCGGUGAGCGAUUUCCUCAUGGCUUUCACACAGACGCCAUUCUUCUUCAUCAAUUGUCUUUAUAAAGAGUGGAGCUUUGGCGAAAACGGCUGUAAGAUGUAUGCCUUCUGCGGUGCUCUAUUUGGCCUGACCUCCAUGAUCAACUUACUGGCUAUGUCCAUUGACCGCUACCUGGCCAUUACCCAGCCCCUUAAAGCACUUGGUCGGUCAUCGAAGCGUCGGACCUCCCUGGCAAUAGCAAUGGUGUGGCUCUAUUCCUUCGCCUGGAGUUUGGCCCCACUUGUCGGCUGGAGCUCCUAUAUCCCAGAGGGCCUCAUGACUUCCUGCACCUGGGACUACGUCACGUCCACCUACGCCAACCAGAGUUACACCAUGAUGCUGUGCUGCUUCACCUUCUUCAUUCCUCUGGGUGUCAUUCUCUACUGCUACCUGUGCAUGUUUCUUGCCAUUCGCACCGCUGGCAGGGAGGUGGAGACCCUGGGAACGCAAAUGAGGAAAUCCACCCUGUUGCAGCACAAGACCAUAAGGAAUGAAUGGAAGCUGGCCAAAAUCGCCUUUGUGGUCAUCGUUGUGUAUGUCCUGUCCUGGUCCCCCUACGCCACUGUCUGCAUGAUAUCCUGGGCGGGUUACGCUAACAUCCUGUCUCCGUACUCCAAAGCUGUACCGGCAGUUAUAGCCAAAGCCUCAACCAUCUACAAUCCUUUUAUUUACGCCAUCAUACACAAAAAAUACAGGGCCACUUUGGCAGAAAAGGUACCUUGUUUGAGAUGUCUGUCACAGAUAAUUGAGAAAAAGGAAUUCAAUAGUGAGUCUUCCUUCCGAGAUUCCACCAUCAGCAGGCAAUCAUCUGUCUCACGGAGCCACUUCUGCCCUGCCUCCUCCAUGUCCUCCAGCAUGGUUUUGGGAGAUGUUGAGCUGGAUCCUCUUCAGUGUAACAACUCCUCCUUCAGAAGCACCACGUCCUUCAAGCUCCCGAAAGACAAGCAACGCAAGACCAAGGCAUGUCACGUCACAGAGAAGAUGAAAUCAGACUGUAUUUUGGAAGCUAUUUCUGCAGAUAUUCAGCAACCACCUAGCCCCAUUCUGAAGGAACCUACCAGCGUCAGCAACCAGGAAUUGGUCUCCGACUCUGUCUGCAUGGCAACCGUCCCGCUACUCGCCCUAUCGAAGAGUAGCCCGUGUGUCCAGCUGACCAACGGAAAUGAGACGAGAGAGAUCGACAGCAGCAGCGAGCACAGGAGCACUUCGGACUCCCUGAGUUUACAAGCCCAGCUUUCUCAGAACUCCAGCAUCCCGCAAAUCAUCAUAAGCCCAACAUCCGAGACCAGCCUGAUAUCGGAGGACAACUUGUUCUUAGAGGAGAAGCAGGGCGCUUCAUUGAGCCGCGAGGCUGGGGACCUGCUGGUGGGCCUGCGGAGCUUGAACUGUUCCUCUGAGCUUCUGGAGUCUGUGGAAAAAUUCCUCUCCUGAGUUCACCUGCUGAUACUGAACUCAUUACUUUCGAAAUGGCACACUCAUCCCUGAACAGGGCACUCUUUGAUGAAAAGUUUUCUUUACUUUUGUAGUGCUCUGAUUUUGCACGACCACUCCGUUCCAUCCAAAUCCUUUUUUUAAACAAAGAUUGCUAAGGAGCCCAAGGCAAGGUCAUUUUAGGAUCCGGUUGGGAUGAAUAAAACAAAGCCCAGGGAUGGAGCAUCAGAUUCUUGUUGACCCUGGUCACUGUUAUUUCAUUUCCCAGUCACUGACUAAAUGCAGCGUUUUCUUCUGUUUGUUUACAUGACCAGCGUCGUAGAUGUUUAUUUAUUUGGCUAUUCUAAAUCAUCUUAGAAGGAUGGCCUGCCCUAUAGCCCCUAAGUCAUCAUGAAGGAGUGUUGAUGUGACAUGGACAUUAAAGCCACAGUCUGGAGCCAGUUUAAUCCUGAUGGCAGCCCAGCUCAGUUUGGAACGUAUCUGUGGAGUCUAACGUGAAGCCCAAAUGUCAAUUCACCCGAUAUUUUUAAGAUAUCUAAUACAAAAACCUUAACAAUGUAUAAAUUCAACUUCAGGUGUGUGUUAGGAUAGGUCCUGACAGCUGUAAAAUGGACUCACAAAAAGACAUUUACAAAAAGAUGUAUUAUACUCUAUUUUAUCACAGACUUAAGAUUUAUGGCAGUGAUGUAACACAUGAUUUGGAUUGUUGUUUUUCUUUGUGUAGUGGCACCUUUUACUGAUCCAUUAAAGUUGUUUGUAAUCCCCA